UAAACACGGGAGGAGAAGUUUGUUUGGCUGCUUUUAAAAGCAAUGGACGAAGUGCGUGAAGUCAUUUAGCUCUCCUGGCUUUCCACGCGGAGGGGCCGUGGUCGUCCAGAACACGCGCAGCAUGGGAGUUCGCUGAGAAUCACUCGACCACGAUGGCCGAGGGGAACCAGACGGUGGUGUACUUGUCCGAGCAGGUGGUCGUCUUGUGCUCGUGCGCGCUGUCCGUCGUGGGCUCCUCGCUCAUCAUCCUCACCUACGUCAUGUGGUCGGACUUGAGGACGACUCCGAGGAGACUGCUGGUCUACCUGUCGGUGGCCGACUGGCUGUCCGCCGUCUCCUACGCCUUCGGAGUCUGGAGGAUGUUCCGCUCCAACUCGCUGGACUGCGUGGCUCAAGGGGCCAUCUCCACUUUCGCCAACACCAGCUCGUUCUUCUGGACCGUGGCCAUUGCGGUCUACUUGUACGUGUUCAUCGUGAGGUCCAGCCAGAGAGUGGCGGACAGCUUGGUGUGGGUGUUCCACCUCGUCAGCUGGGGUGUCCCUCUGGCCAUCACUGUUGCAGCCGUGUGCCUCAACAAAAUUGGCUACGAUGCGUCAGAGGUGUCGGUGGGCUGGUGCUGGGUCAGGAUCCACGCUCCGGACCGGGUCCUGUGGAUGCUGCUGACUGGAAAGAUCUGGGAGUUCUUGGCUUACCUCACCCUGCCGGUCCUCUACAUCCUCAUCAAGAGGCACAUCCACAUAGCGCAUGCUGCCCUGUCUGAGUACCGUCCCAUCUUGGCCGACAGGCCUUCGUCCCAUUCCUUCUCCUCCAUGGCUGAUAUGAAGCUCACGCUCAUUCCCAUCAUCUUCAUCGUCCUUCGCAUUUGGAGCACAGUGCGCUUCAUACUGCUGCUGGCCGGCUCUCAAGCCAGACUGAACCCCGUGCUGGUCACCUUACAUGGAAUUGGCAACACCUCGCAGGGAGCAGCCAACUGCAUCAUGUUCGUAUUGCUGACUCGGCCGAUCCGCACGCGCCUCUGCGCCGCGCUGUGCUGCUGCUCCAAGAGUCCAGUGGGCGAGCAGCCCUCGCAUGGCGCCCCUCACCGGCUGCUGCCCGGACAGGACACCUCCACGCAGAGGGAAGAGGACAGCGGCAGUCGGGUCGGGACUGAUCGAUGACGUUGUGUGGAUGAGAAGACGGGCAAAGGUGGAGGGCGUGAUGGAGCUCUCUGCUUCACAUUUAACCUCAUGACAGAAAGUGGCUGCAGAGAAGGUUGGAGAUUCUGCAGGCGCAUGCACAUCUGUGUCACAAGAAAAGUCACAUGUCUGCACUUUGGGUGAUGAGGGGGAUACUGCCUGGCUCUGCACCAACAUCUGAUGAAGGAGUUUGAGUGUCGCAUGCUGAAUAUGUUGCACGUGAAUGCUGCGGCGUCACAGAUGUGCUGCACAUCAAACUUUAAAAGGACAUUACACUUUAAGUUGUGAACUUGCACAUGUUUUCUGAUUGCAUUUUGAACAGCUGUGCACUCUGCAAAGGAGAGGUCAGCAGCUGUAUGGACUGUGUUGACUCAAUUACAUUCUGGUGUUAUCACUUUUAUUUUGCUAGAGUGAGUAUUCAAGUAUUCUAUUUACGGGUAUUACCCACAGUUUGGUAUCUGUGUUCACGUCAGAGUGGAUUAUCUUUGAUUAAUUUCCUCAACGCUUGUUAAUGAUGAAGUCUGUUUUGAGAUGGUUCAAAGAAUUUUCAUGAAAUAACCGUGAACCAUGAACUCCCGCCGUAAGAGAGGAAACUGCAUCUUACAUCUUCCUGCUACACCUUUUGUUUGUUUACAUUUUGAGUAGAUCCCUUAAUAUGUUCUGCAUUGUAACUUCAAUUCCCCAAAAAUAAAAUUCCUACUCAUGUCCAAUAUAACUUUGGGUAUGUUUAAGAGAU